GCCAUACCAGACGAAGCCUGGAAUGCACCUCUCGAUUCUGAACUCCUCUACCGCCUGACUUUCCGAUUCUGGCCACCAUCACCUCCAGAUCAUAUUAGGCCGUCUGAGUGGGUCCUUUUCAUUGACGCCAGUAAAAUACCAGACGAUCGGCAUGUUUACCAACCUGAGCUUCUGGCCCAUUUGGAGGUGUCGGUGUCCGAGUACUGGCUACAAACUCGGUUGAUCUUGCCACCGCCAGGCAGCUGGUGCUGUCUACAAGUGAAUGUGGCAGCUAUGCAUAACUGGGGUGAGGGCCCGGUCUCCCAACCACUUUUCCUGCAGCCCCAACAACUGGUUCGACCCCCGCCAUCUCAACAACUGGUACCCACAUUUACCGAUCAGGAUCUCGUCCACCGUGACGGUGACAAAGACGGAAAAGUAGAUGGUUUCGGGGGUCAGGACCUCAAGUUCGGUAACUCGACCAUGGUCCCCUCUUUUCGGGCCUUCUCAAAUUGGGAUUGGAUUUCCAGAAACGAGGUCAUUGCCAGCUCGGUCAAGGUUAGAUCGACAGCUGGCUUUGAGUUCGGGCUCGUCUGCAAGAACUUCCAGCUUACUUCAAACGGCGAAACAGUAGAACAGGUCGAAUGCCACUGGCGCUUGUCCAACCUGACAACUUCAUCCGUGGACUGGUAUCGUCUGAUUGGCUAUCAAGUAAGUUAG